AUGGAAAUCGACUUUAGUAAGUUUAUUAGCUUUUAAAUUACAUUUUUUUUUACCUUUAAAAGUUCUUAAUACCUUUCAGUUAUGACAUUCCUAUCACUAGUGUCAGGUGCAAUAUCGUGCACUAUCAUGCUGUGGUUCCAAUGCGGUAAAAACGAUCGAACUAUGGUAAAACCUGGUACAAGAGCAAAAUCUACUAAUAAUGGAGCUGCAGCAAAUCCUUUUGCAGCAUCAGAUGGGCCUUCUACGACGAGUACUAAAAGAAUCAAAGGACACUCAUUGAAGGAUACUGAUGACAUGUCGAUGAAAGGAAAUAUCGGAAGAAAUCGUUCCCAUGAUUCUUCCCAUGAUCAGACACCUGGAGCCGCGCUUAAGGAUAUUUUGUAAGGUUAUACUAAGCCAAGAGAAGAUAUACAUGCGUGUAUAUUUAACAACUUACAGUCAUUUUAAGUUUUCAUGUGCAUUGUAAUAUCGUACAUUUCAGAAGAAGCAUGAAUUCGACUAGACGCUCAAAGCUCAGCAAAUCCAGUGAUGGUAAGACAUAAAUUUUAAUUUUUUUGACAAAGAAAAUUUUUCCAAAACAUCCAAUUUUAAUAAGUGUAACGACCACACCAUAUGUUUCAGGAGCAGAAAAGACCCAAGAGCCUUCUGACGCAUCGGCCAAGUCCAGGAAACCAAAGAUGUCUAAAGAAGAGGUGGACAAAAAAGAAUGGGAGAACUUUAAAAAACUGAACACUAGCGACAAAGGGUCUCACAAAUCUAACAAGAUAAAGAAGAAGAAGAAAAGUCCAGCCAAGAAACAUGAAAAAUCUAGUUCACCCGCUACUUCAAAAUCUCCUUCGAAGGAGAAGAUAGCCAGUCCAAGUGAGCCAAAGAAUAAAAAAGUAAGUCCAAAGGAACCAAACAAAGAAGUGAAGAAAGAAAAGAAAGGACAUUCGAAAGAUGAAGAAUGGGAGAAUUUCAAGAAACUAGAUCAUAACGACAAAGGCGUCCAUAAGUCACCUACAAAAAAGAAGAAAGAGGCCACAGGUUCAGGUGAAAAGCUUGACGAAUCUCUAAAGACAGCUUCUUCGAAGUUAGCUGUAAAACCUGUUGUUGAAGUUAAUGAACCACCCAAGGAGAUGAAAGUCGGUUCGGAUGAGUCAACGAAUAAAGUAAAUUUAAAUGAAGCAAACAAAGAACCCCAAGAACCAAAAAAGAAGAACGAAACCCCAAACGAACCAGUUAACGAAGAAAAAACAUUUGAGAAAGAAAAGAAAAUAACGGCAAACCAAGAAGUGAAGUCACCAUUAGAAGUAACAGCAAACGAAUGGACGAAAGAAGAAAAUACACCAGAGAAAGAAAAGAAAACAACUCCAAAUGAAGAAGUGAAACCAACAGAGGAAGAAAAGAAAGAAACUCCAAAUGAACCAAACGAAGAAGUAAAGAAACCAGAGAAGAUCGGUCCAAAUGAAUCCACCAACGAUGCCAAAAGCACAACCAUGGAACCCCAAAGAGAGGUCGCCAACUUAGAAUGGGAGAAUUUCAAGAAACUGAACGAACGCACAAAAGAAUCAAAGGGAAAAAAGUCAAAGAAGAAAAGUGGUGUCAGUCCAGCUAAAAAACUUGAAGAAUCUCUCCAGUCUCAAACAACUGCUGAAAAAUCAGGUGUUAAAGGUGUAGACCUAUCGACCAAGAAAAAGAAGGUUUCUACAGCUGAGGCUACUCAAAUUACAAAGGAAACUACUGUUGAAGUAAAAUAG